CCUAAAAGGGAUACGGAUAUACACCAACACGGUCCCGACCCCGAAAGAUUGAUGUCCGGUUCGUGUGUCACCUCCACGGCAAGCCAACAACCGAGACCCACAUACCUGAAAAGGCAACCCGUUGUCUUUGAUAUAUUAACUUCGACAUCUCCCUUUUUCGUAUUGGGUUUAUCUCUCACCACCCAUACCCAACAACUUAGACCUACAACAACUACAACAAGUCAUAUAUGAUCUCGAAACCAGACUCUUCCUCACCUUCAACCACAAACCCAAUACCAACAACAACCUCAAGUCACAGCGAGCACUUGCUUACCGAAUGCUCAAGCAGGGGACGAGUUAGCAUCACAACAACCACCACAACCAUUGAACAAACACCACGAUCUACCUACUAUACACAACACACAUCACACACCAUGUCUUCACCACAGGGCUCACCGGCGGGCCGGGUCAACCAGUCUUACAUGCUUGUUCCUAACCUCCACGUCCCAGACCCAACGGUCGACGAGGUAGAGCUUGGAAGCAGCAACGCAUGGACGGUAGCCACCGUUAUCGAGGACGACGAUCUCAUGUUUGGUGGCAAACCUUUGAGCGCAUGGUACGAGGAGGAUCGCAGACGACUGAGCUCUAGUAUCGAGGACGAAGAGGAGAUUCGAGGCCGACAGCGCGACCGCGUAAGGUUCGACGACCAUCAUCAACAUCAACACCAACACACCCAUCAUCAACCGCAACACUAUCACCACAAUCAACAUCAUACCGUCCAUCACACACAUGUCGCUCAUACCCAUCAUACCACCAAGAAGACGGGCGAAAUUAAGCAUUAAACAACGCAGUACUCUCGUUGUUUCCUGGCGAUAACACCUCGGCUCUGCCAUAAUAGUGGAUGUCACACAGCGCAUGCUUGCGCAACACAUCUUGUGCGACACAGGAUCGGCGCACAUCACAGACUAUCCAAUGGUACCGAGCCUCAACAAGAAUCGCCCAAGACACUGUCGGUUACACUGCAUCGCCGACCUCGGCUCCCCUACGCUCGCCUUGACCUAAUUCGACACCGAAGCAAGCACCUUUAUACAGAUCCUCGACUCG